GAGAGAGACGCAUGCACGAACAGAUGGGAGGGGAAAUAGUUCCUUAAUUAAAGUGCAGAGUCAAUCCCGGCGUCCCAGCGUCAGCUCGGUCACAGUCUGCACUUUAAUAAUAUCAUGGAGUCGCUUUGGUUACAGUUACAGCUGAGCAGAAAGAGAGAGAGAGAGAAAAAACAUCCAAAACAAGACUGAUUAGGGCUCAUGGGUUCGAGCUAUUGGUGCUCUCUCUCCCUCUCUCUCUCUCUCUCUCUGUGUAGUUUGUUUUGAAUGGCAGGAAAUCUGACAGACUCCUCUCUCCUCCUUCAGUUUCCUCUCCUCCCCUCCUCUCUUCCUUUAUUUUCCCUUUGCUCCUCUUCAGGCUGUGACCACAAGCUUUUGGGCUUCUUCUUCUUCUUUUUCUUUUUUUUAACGUUUUGUAUUCCUGUUGCUUCCCGGGUGGCCUAAGGGCAAGGCAGUAAUAUAGUCUGUGUCUGUGUGUUCAUUGUAAUGUGAUCAGGUUGUGAUGCUCGCCGCGCGCAGCCUCAUUUCUUACUAUCCUGUAAAACCAUCAACAAAAAGAAUUCACCUGAUUAUUAAAAACCUCCUCCUCCACCUCCUCAUCUAUCAUCUUUUUUUCUUUACAACACCACCACGGCUCUCCGUUCAGCUGGGCAGGCAGGACCACCCCCGAGGGCGCGUGCUCAGAUACGUCACGACGGAUCAAACAGCUACCGGCUCAUGCAGCUCGGCUGCCUGGAGUCCGUGGCCAACUCCUCGGUCGCCUACUCCUCCUCCUCCCCGCUCACCUACCCAGCGCCGGCGGGGACGGAGUUCGCCUCGCCCUAUUUCUCGGCUAACCACCAGUACACGCCCCUCCACCACCAGUCUUUCCACUACGAGUUCCAGCACUCCCACCCGGCCGUGGCUCCGGAGGCCUACGGCCUGAACUCCCUACACUCGGGCCAGUACUACCAGCAGAUCCACCACGGGGAGCCCGCAGACUUCAUCAACCUGCACAACGCGCGCUCGGCCCUCAAGUCCUCGUGCUUGGACGAGCAGCAGCGGCGCGAGCUCGGCUGCCUCGACGCCUACCGGCGCCAUGACCUUUCGCUGAUGACGUCACACGGCUCCCAGGCAUACGGCGUCGGUAUGCACCACCCGGACCAGAGGCUGCUGCCGGGCGCCGGCCUGGGUCUACCUACGCCCGCGUCAGACGACCUGCAGGGCUCCGUGGAAGCGCAGUGUGGGCUCGUGUUGAACGGCCAAGGGGGCGUCAUCCGGAGAGGGGGGACAUGCGUGGUGAAUCCUACAGAUUUGUUCUGCUCGGUACCGGGCCGACUGUCAUUGCUCAGCUCCACCUCCAAGUACAAAGUCACCAUCGCCGAGGUGAAAAGAAGACUGUCCCCACCAGAGUGCCUCAACGCCUCCCUACUGGGCGGCAUACUGCGCAGAGCGAAGUCUAAGAACGGAGGCCGGUGUCUUCGUGAGAAAUUAGACCGUCUAGGCCUCAACCUGCCGGCAGGACGGAGGAAAGCUGCCAACGUCACACUGCUCACCUCCCUGGUGGAAGGUGAGGCGCUCCACCUGGCGAGGGACUUUGGCUACACCUGCGAGACAGAGUUUCCCAGUAAGGCAGUUGGGGAACAUUUGGCAAGGCAGCACAGUGAGCCGAAAGAAACCAGCGCACGCAAGAAAAUGGUUCUGGCUACAAAGCAAAUCUGUAAGGAGUUCCAGGACUUAUUGAGCCAAGAUCGUUCUCCUCUGGGCUCCUCUAGACCGACCCCCAUCCUGGAUCUGGACAUCCAGAGACACCUCACACACUUCAGUCUGAUCACUCAUGGGUUCGGCACACCUGCGGUCUGCGCGGCUCUCAGCACCUUCCAGACGGUCCUGAGCGAGAUGCUUAACUACCUGGACAAAAACUCGAGCGGGAAAACAAGCGGACCCACCGACCAACAGAUCAACAACAGCUCAGAAAAGACGCAGCUCCGGAAAACAGGCGAGCCCCAGAGCAAAGACGGGAAAACAGAAAAGACUGAGUAGCCCCCACCCACCCGGUCCCCGUGCCUUGGAGCGCUGCAUUUAGGAGUGUGUGUGUGUGUGUGAGUGUGUGUGUGUGUGUGUGUGUGUGUGCGUGUGUGUGACAGGAUUUGUUCAUUCCCAUGCGUUACUGUGUCUUCUUUGGGACAAUUCAUAUUUAUUGUCAUUUAUUUAUCUUAUGUUGAAACACUAACCUGAACUGUCCUAAACAAGACAUCCUGAUGUGUGAAUGAAAAUAACACAACCUGUUUAGGUGUGUGUGUGUGUGUGUGUGUGUGUUCAUGCGUGUGUCAUGAUAAGGAGGAGCCUCGCCAUGGACACGGCUGUGACUCAUCCAAGACUUUUAAUUUGUUUAUUUAUUAUUUCUGAAAACAGGAAGUAAACAUAGACAUGCUGACUUCACAGUUUUCCAGGACAGGGGCGGUAACACACACACACACACACACACACACACACACACACACACACACACAGACACACACACACAGACACACACAGGGUUUUGGGCUAUUUGACGUCAAUCCAGCUGAUUCAGGUGUUGAUUUUCUGCAAGAAUGCAAAAACUAAAACACUAUUUUUGUCCUCUGUCGGUUCAUUUCAUCUGUUCUGUGUUAAAUCAUUGAGAGAAAUCCAGUUUUUUCGUAAAUUCUCAGUGGACUGAAUUGAAAUAUCUUCAUUUCCAAACAUUUUUUAACAGAUUAAAUAAAACACAUACACCCUUAUACAUAAAAAAAAAACCCUCCCCUGUACCUGUGAGAGCACUUGUACCCCACCAAGCAGACUUACUUUUUUUUUUUUUUUUUAAGCUGUACAAUCAGUGCCAUAGCAACCAGUGUGUUUACCAUGUGGGCGACAGAGAAAAAAGGACUGUUUCUGGGUGUGAGACUGACGCCACUGCCUGAAGUACUGUAGGCAACACACUGUGGUGUGAUUGUGAAUCUGUGAGUGUGUGUGUGUGAGAGAGUGUGUUUUAGUGUGUGGGAGAGAUAACGAGAGAGAGAAAGAGAGAGAGAAAGAGAGAAAGAAGGGUCCAACUCAGCCAUUUUGUAAAAGGUGACUUUGCGGUUGCCAUCGUUACUCUUCCCUGUGCAUGUCUAUCUUUGUACACUCCCCAGAUCGCAAGUUUAGCCGACACAAGCUCUCUGACUCGCUCAUGAACAUUUGUAAAGAUAUAUAUAAAUAUUUAAAUUACUUUUCUUGUAGGCUUUCAACUAUAUAUAUGUUAAAUCCCUACCUUCUAAAAUGCUGGUGUUCAAUAAAGACAG